CUCUGGUAUCAAAACGACAUCGUGUUGUUCGUUACGUUGCUUCCAUCACCGCCAUUGCCAUCAGAAAAAUGCUGCCCCCUGGAAGUAUAAAUCUCAACGCUCUCUGAAAAUUAAAUUAAUAAAAUAUAUCCAUGUCCGUUUGAGGGUAUCCAGCUCCAGCUACUUUGCCGCGCUAUGAAUACUGCGUGUAGAAUUGAUGGGGGGUAUUCAAAGAGAUCCAUUCUCAGUAUUUGAAGUAACGACUCUGUCCAAUCGGUAAGAAAUAGACAGGCAUGACAGCUCUUGCUUCAGUCUCGGCAUCUGCAUGGAUCCCCGAGGACGACCUCUUGUUGAAGAACGCCGUCGAGGUACCUUCCUUUUUUUUCCUCUGCCUAUUUGAUUAUGUGGAAAUUAGGGCAUCGUGCAGCCUUUUAGAUGCUGAGGAUUUUCAUCGGCUACGCCUCGGCGGUUCUGUGGAUUCAACCCGAAAAAGCUUUGUGAAUCAACUCGGACAAGCGCAUCUUGAUGAGAAUUUCUCCCGAUUCGAAUCCCAUAGGAUGGUUGAUCUUAUUUUAUGUUAGUUUUUCUGGUAAUAAACAAGGAGAUGGAUUGAUUUCUGAAGAAUUUGGCGGGGGCUUCUUUGGAAGCACUUGCUAAAGGUGCAGUGCAAUUCUCUCGCAGAUUUACAGUCCAAGAACUAAAAAACCGAUGGCAUUCUCUCCUCUAUGAUCCUGAUAUUUCAGCUGAAGCUUCUGCAUGCAUGGUUCAGUUUGAACCUUCAGCAUCCAAUUAUUCGUUCAAAUCUAACAGAUCGGGUAAUUGUAAAGAAAACGUAGAGGUUCUUGGAAAAAGAAAAGUCGAAAGCAUUCGUAGAAAGUAUCAUGCUAUGCGGAAGAGGAUUCACAAUGUGCCAAAUGCUGAUGGCUAUAUGUGCAAUGGAGGUGGUUGUGAAGAGCAUAUAGUUCUUGAUAAUGAGCCUCCUGUUGGCAGUUAUGUGCUGGGAGAUCGUGUCUUGAGCCAUUUUGGUCUUCAAGAUAAUGUACCCCAAGAUAUUCCUCAUAUUAUAGGAGAUAAUUUAGUUGACUUCGGGAAUUGCUCAGGCUUUGAGGACAGAGGGCUUCCAGAUAGAAACCUAUUCAAUAACAAUGAUUUUGAGAGAAAGCCCUUGUCUACUCUUGAUUCACUAAAUACAAAUUUAGGAAAUGUUGGCUCUGAAUUCGGAGGAGGACAGCAUUGUGAAUCACCUGUUUCAGAUGGUAGUGCUUCACUUCACCAAAUGGGGUUUCCAUCACCACUUCCUAGGGUGCCUCUGUGGAAAACAAUUGAGGACAUUUCAGCACCUGUGAUGCCAAUCAAUGUCAACCUGGGAGAUAGAGCUGUAAGUGCAGAAGAGACAUUGACACUUGCUGCUGCUGAUGAUGGUAAUAAACCAUGCUCUUCAGGGUAUGCUGUCCAUUCACAGCCAACAUUGAAAGACACAUGCGUUGGAUUAAAUAACUCAACUGCUAUCACAGAUGGUGAGUUUGCAGAUCUUUCAGAUUCUCUCUUUAACUUCUCAGAUGAGAAUGAGCUUCUCUUUAUGGAGGCUGAUGGGAAAGACCCAAUGGAUAAGUCUUGUUUGGAUAAUCUUGACUCAGUUCUGUUGAGUUCUCCCAAUGAAGUUCAUGUUGAUGAUAUGGCCAAUAUUAGUGACCCUGAGACAUUGAUUUCAGGUACAUCGAUUGUAAUACAUGGCAGUGCAUGUCCUGCUGAAUUAGUUGUUAGCGCUGACCCGUUACAAUCCAGUCACAGCAAUCAGGAAGGUGUUCAUUCAGAGGUCACUAUGCCAUCAUCUACAUUAAUUUCAAAUCCUCAUUCUUCUGAACUGCAGGAAGGGGUUAUGUACUGCACAUUGAAUACUGAGGAUGGUGAAAUCCCAUACAAUGAUGAUAAUUUCUUGCCUACUACAUUUGCUUCCACAACACAGCCAAUUUUUGAAGAGGCUUGUGAGCCAGCAUUCUCCUCUGACAUCCAGAAGGACAGUGAACAAGCACCAAGCUUAAUGAAUAAAGAUAAAAAUCCUGCACCAUCUUUCAAGGCUCCCCAGAUGAUAGGAAAAGAUAGAAUGCCAGAAAUUGUUCCAGACCACCAAUUUAUUGGUUGUGGAAACAGAUCUGAAUUGUCUGGUGACAACUGUUUGGCUACAGCUUCCAGACAUGUUAACAGCAUUCCUGGAGUCCCAAGUCAUCAUAGUUCAGCACAUGCAACUCCAAACUCUGUCAUGGAUGGAGCUCCUGGGCGAGGGGUUCUAAAUGUCAAAUCAAGGGAAAAAGAAGCUCCAGGUACAUAUGGGGAGCAUUUAUUUUUACAUGCAGGAUCAGGUUCCACCAAAAUGAAUUUUCUGGAACCAAUAAACUCUUUAAUGUCUGAUCAAGAGGAAUCUGAAAGUGAUGAUGAUGUGCCCUACUUUUCUGACAUCGAAGCAAUGAUACUUGAGAUGGACUUGUGUCCAGAAGAUCAGGAUUCAUAUAUUGGUAGCAAAGUCUCAAGAUAUCAACAUGAGGAUGCUAGGAAGGUGAUCAUAAGGUUAGAACAGUGUGCUCAAUCUUCAAUGCAAAGAGCUAUUGCAUCUCAAUGUGCACUUGCCAUCUUCUAUGGCCGCCAUUUGAAGCAUUAUAUUAAAAAGGCUGAGGUAAUACUUGGUAGAGCAACAAAUGAGAUUGAUGUUGAUAUUGACUUGUCAAAGGAAGGGCGUGCUAAUAAAAUAUCUAGACGGCAGGCUAUCAUAAGGAUGCAAGGGGAUGGAUCUUUCUUAUUGAAGAAUCUCGGGAAGAAUGUAAUUUUAUUGAAUGGCCAAGAAGUCGCUACUGGACAGGUUGGGGGUCUUAGUUCAAGUAGUUUGAUAGAGAUAAGGGGAAUGAGAUUUGUGUUUGAAGUGAAUCAAAAAUCUGUGAGGCGGUAUCUGGCAAAUGUUGCCAAAAAAGGCCAAGUAAAGAGCACCAAUUUUGAAUGGUCCCCUAAUGGGGUUUCAUGACUCGAAGAAUUCUGUUGAAAGGUGCAUCUCCUCUCCUUUUCCAGUCCGUUUUCAUAGACUAAUUUUAGUUUCAGUUGAGUUUGCCCUUCUGAUGAGGAAUGUCAGUUUGCUGCCCAUCCAUGGAAUGUAUAGCCCUAUUAUGUUUUUAAUAUAUUGUCAAUCCUUCACCUAAAGAAAAAAGAAAUGAAUAGUUCAUCCUGUAGGUAUUGGUAGUGUUAAUUGAUAGCCCUUUUCUUCCUUUUCUUUAUUAGGCUCAGGCCUAAUGGGCUUGUUUUGUAAAUUUUGGGUAUUCUCAUUUCUCUGCAAUUGAGGGCCGGAAAUCUGCAUUCAUAGUUCUAGUUACCCUCCUUGGGUUUGCUGAUUAAAUGUUGAAAAAGGAACCAACCAAAGGAGAGGGGGUGGAGGGGGAGUUCUUCAAGGUAAAAAAACGAAGUGAAAGAACGACACUAAGCUAACUAGUAGCAUUAGAUUCAUUGGGAAGAAUUUAGGAUACAAGAUUCUGGUUUCUUCUCUCUCUUCAUAACCAGACUUGGCCCAGGAAAUUUGAGGUCCUUCAUCAGAUGAAAUAAAAGGAUAAUUAUGUACUUUACAGCAUUCAAAGCAGUAAAAUUUCCUUCAUUGCCUAUUA